AGUGCGCGACACAGUCCAAGUGGGAAGAAGUUGAGAAUCGCGUACAAAUCAAUGCGCGUUCGGACUGUAUUCAAUAAAUAAAUAAAGAAACGAAAAAGAAAAAGAAAAGAAUUUCACGCGCUUGGAAAAUUGAAUAUUUAUAUCAGUGAUGUCGGCGUACUAGAAGUCAGUUGUUAGAUUAUGUUGCAGGGUGAAUAAACGCGAGUGCUACUGGAUGCUAUUGUACAUACAUACAUACAUAUGCACAUAUAAUACAUAAGUGCGGUUUGUGAUUAAGUGGGUGUGCGUCCGGCAAACGAGGACAAUUCCUGAAGCAACAAUAAUUACAAUAAAAAAUAUACAAUCUAUAUUGUGGGUGCAUUAAUUGUGUUCGGUCAUUAGUCAACGCUGGUCAAGUGCAGCGCGUGUGCCAGGAGACAAAAUCCAAACCAAAGAUACUUACAACAACAGCAAAAAGGCAUACACAUAUGCGUGCAGAGAGCGUACAAGGAGAGCUGGGAAGAAGCCAACAAAAGAUACACGAGUAAACACACCAGCGGGCGAGAGAACAACGAAAGUCUUAAAGCAAUUUGUAGCAACACCUUACACCUUUAGGAGUACGUAUUUUUAUUCACCACCGAAAUGAUGUAUCCCAAACAAGGAGGCGUGGUGCUAACACACUUGACGAAACUUUUGUCAAUAUGCUUCGUGCUCUGUACGCUGACAAUCCGUUGCACCAAUUCCGAAGUGUACACGGCGUUGGCAGAGAUGGAAGAACUACUUGAGACUGAGUCGGUAUUAAUAACUAGUUUAGAUGGUUAUCUUAAAGUGCAACAACAAAAGUUGGACUACCUCAAAAAUAAGCUUGGCGAAUACCAAAGAGAACACGAAGACGCAGCCACAGACAUGCCGGCCUAUGUCUCAAAUCCAAUUAACGCAUAUUUGCUGACAAAACGUUUGACCACCGAUUGGCGGCAGGUGGAGAAUUUAAUGGCGCACGAUGUAGGCGUCGAAUUCCUGACUAAUAUUACCAACUAUAGACAUGUCCUGAAGUUUCCAUCAGAUGAGGACUUAAAUGGUGCGGCAGUGGCGUUAAUGCGUUUACAAGACACCUAUAAGCUAGAUACGUCCAGUGUGGCGCGUGGCAUGCUCAACGGCAUACAGUACAGUACGGCAAUGUCUUCAGAUGACUGCUUCGAGCUGGGUCGCCAGUCUUAUGUCAAUCAUGAUUAUUACCACACGGUUUUAUGGAUGAAUGAGGCAAUGACACGCCUCCAAGAGGAACCACACAAUCAAACGCAAACUUUCACACGCGCUGAUAUUUUGGAAUAUCUGGCAUUUUCCACCUACAAACAAGGUAACGUUGAAAGCGCACUUACGAUGACUAAUGAACUGCUGGAAUUAACACCCGAUCAUGAACGCGCUCGUGGUAAUAAGGUGUUCUACGAGAAGGAAAUUGCCGAGCUUAAAGCUGAAAGUAAAGUUAAAGGUGACGAUGGCAGUGACAGCACACCGGUCUCCGACUUGCCCAUCAGCAAAGGUGAUCCCAGCUUAUAUACUUUCAACGAGCGCAAAUCCUACGAAAUGCUUUGUCGUGGCGAAUUGAAGCCGUCGCCAGCGGAUUUGCGACCAUUACGCUGUCGCUAUGUGAAUAAUAAUGUGCCGUUCCUGCGUUUAGGACCACUUAAGCUCGAAGAAGCCUACUUGGAUCCAUACAUUGUGAUCUAUCAUGACGUCAUGCAAGAUAACGAGAUUGAGUUGAUUAAGAAGAUGGCACGUCCGCGCUUCCGUCGCGCUACGGUACAGAAUUCGGUGACUGGUGAAUUGGAAACCGCUAAUUAUCGCAUCAGUAAAUCGGCUUGGUUACGCACAGAAGAGCACGAGAUCAUUGAGAAUAUUGUGCAACGCACGGAGGAUAUGACGGGUCUGGAUAUGAGUGUGGCGGAAGAAUUGCAAGUUGUGAACUAUGGCAUAGGGGGACACUAUGAGCCACACUUUGAUUUUGCGAGGAAAGAUGAAGUUCGUGCUUUCCAAGGGCUCAAUACUGGCAACCGCAUUGCUACGGUGCUCUUCUAUAUGAGCGACGUAGAACAAGGUGGCGCCACCGUCUUCACAAAUAUACGCAUUGCUUUGUGGCCCAAGAAGGGAUCGGCUGCUUUUUGGUACAAUUUGCACAAAUCCGGUGAAGGCGAUUACAGAACUCGUCAUGCCGCCUGCCCCGUUCUUACAGGCUCUAAAUGGGUUUCCAACAAAUGGAUACAUGAACGAAAUCAAGAGUUUCGUCGCCCUUGUGGGCUUGAACCGGAUCAUGGCGAGUUUGCAAUCUAGUGUAAAAAUUAAAAAAUAUACAAAACAACAA